UUUAAAAGCAAUGCUAAAACCAAUGAGAGUUAAAAAUAAACAGCCACCCAAUGCUUUCAGGCCAGCUGUAGUAGUGAACCUAUAUUUAACCACACGUUGUGAAUAGCCGGUGCAACAGUGUGGCUACAGUUUCAGUCGAGUACUGGUGUGCUGGUGUGAUGGGUGGUGACGCAGUGUGUGCUGUUUGCUCCCAGAAGGGGCCACUGACCUGUAGUGCGUGCAAGAUGGUGUCCUACUGUAGCAAGGAGCACCAGAAACAUCACUGGCCUGAACACAAGACCCAGUGCAGGCCCUUUGAGGUUAGAACUAGUCCAGAACUUGGUCGCUACCUGGUAGCGACACGUGAUGUGGCGGCGGGAGAAGUUCUGUACGAGGAGGCCCCGACAGUGGUGGGGCCGAAGGUGGUGGAGCCGAGUCCCGUGUGCCUGGGGUGUCUCAGACCCCCUGGGGCAGCAAGGUGUGAGUCUUGUGGCUGGCCUGUAUGUAGUCCUGCGUGUCCUGGCUUGCGUGACCCACAUUGCCAUGCCAUUGAGUGCAAGAUACUUUCUCUGUCCCCUAUUAAAGACAUCAAAGAUUGCAGAUACGAGUGCAUUCUACCUCUGCGAAGCCUCUUAAUGCAAAAGAGGAACCCUCGUAAAUGGAAAGUGAUCAUGUCAAUGGAGACUCAUAUAGACAAAAGAGGCCCUUCAACUGAGGUUUACAAGGAACUGGAUGAAAAUGUGGUCAGCUACCUCAUAAAUAAUUACCUCUCAAAACUUGAUGAUGGUGCCAUUGGAGACAUUUCACCUGAAAUAAUCCACCGCAUCUGCGGCGCGAUCGACGUGAACGCUCUGGAGAUACAAGAGGAUCAAGUAGAACUGCUCGCACUGUUGCCAACCGCUUUCAUCAUGUGCCACUCAUGCAUACCCAACACAAAGCACACCUUCAAGAACACCCGGAUUACUGUGAGAGCAGCGGUCGACAUACCCAAGGGACAGGAUAUCACAACGAUGUACACACACAUGUUGUGGACAACUCAGGCGCGGAGAGAGCAUCUGCGUAAUACCAAGUACUUCUCAUGCCAGUGUCCUCGCUGCGCCGACCCUAUGGAGCUGGGUACCCACAUGAGUGCCCUGCGGUGUCUGGCAGAGGUGGAG